AUGAGAGAAGGUUUGUGGUUUUAUCCUGUUGAUUCCAAAAUAAUAAUAAUACAAAACUGAAAAUAAGCAGACGCACGGAGACGACGCUGGUUGUAAAAGAAUCCGCAAAAGCCCCCCCAAAAACCCAAGAGGAAGUCUGGAUUACUAUUUCACCGAGGUGAUUCCAACCGGUCUACAAAUGAGCAACAGCACUUGACAUUGAUGAGGCCCAGUCGCCCAAUGAAAGAGGAGUGACCACUUCACCCUCCUUUUGUUGCACUGCAUCCAGAGGCCAGUGAGGCUGAAGAGGGAUCCCUUCAGCCCGCCUCAUUUUGUAACCAUUUCCUCUCUGAGUUGGUCCCAGAAGUGUUUCAAAACUGUUUCUCCAACGCUUUUUCCAGAAACUUAGACUGUUUUCCAAAGCAGAAGCAGCACAGCCCUCCCAGACUGAGGUGAUGGGAAGCGUGCGAGCCAGCCGCUACAGCAUUGUGUCAUCAGAGGAGGACGGCAUGAAGCUUGCCACAAUGGCAGUACCCAACGGCAACAGCAAGGGCAAGGUGCACACGAGGCACCAGCCGCAGAGCAGAUUUGUAAAGAAGGACGGUCACUGCAACGUGCAGUUCAUCAACGUGAGCGAGAAGGGUCAGCGGUACUUGGCUGACAUCUUUACCACAUGUGUGGACAUCCGCUGGAGGUGGAUGUUCAUCAUCUUCUGCCUGGCCUUCCUCCUGUCCUGGCUGUUUUUUGGCUGCGUCUUCUGGCUGGUGGCCAUCUUUCACGGGGACUUAGAAAAUAAUGACCAUCCAUGUGUCUCCAAUGUUAGUAGCUUCACUGGUGCCUUCCUGUUCUCCAUUGAGACUCAAACGACGAUUGGUUAUGGCUUCAGAUACGUAACGGAGGAGUGCCCAGUGGCUGUCUUUAUGGUGGUGUUCCAGAGCAUUGUGGGCUGCAUCAUUGACGCCUUCAUCAUUGGUGCAGUCAUGGCAAAAAUGGCAAAGCCCAAGAAGAGGAAUGAAACACUGGUUUUCAGCCAUAACGCUACAGUGGCCAUGAGGGACAACAAGCUCUGUCUGAUGUGGCGUGUGGGCAACUUAAGGAAGAGCCACCUGGUCGAGGCACAUGUGAGAGCCCAGCUUCUCAAAUCCCGAACAACAGCGGAGGGAGAGUACAUCCCCCUCGACCAGAUGGACAUAGAUGUGGGCUUUGACAGCGGAGUCGACCGCAUCUUCCUGGUCUCCCCGAUCACCAUUGUACACGAGAUCGAUGAGGACAGCCCUUUCUAUGACAUGAGCAAACAGGACCUGGAGAACUCGGAGUUUGAAAUCGUAGUCAUCUUGGAGGGCAUGGUCGAGGCGACGGCGAUGACCACACAGUGCCGAAGCUCCUAUGUCGCCAGCGAGAUCCUCUGGGGCCAUCGCUUUGAGCCCGUGCUCUUCGAGGAAAAGAACUAUUACAAGGUGGACUACUCCCGCUUCCAUAAGACAUACGAGGUGUCGAGCACCCCUCUGUGCUGCGCCAGAGACCUGGCAGAGAAAAAAUUCAUUCUCUCCAACUCCAACUCCUUCUGCUACGAAAACGAGAUGGCUCUGGACAACAAAGAGGACACAGACGAGGGGAACGGGGGCAGCGUCGGCCCUGAUGGCACUCAGACAGACAACAUCUCAGAGAGCGAACAUAACCAAGCCAUGGUGCCUCUAGAGCCCCGGCCUCUGAGACGAGAGUCCGAAAUAUGACUGUUAAGACAUCUCGUGAGAGAUUUUCCGAGAGUCGCAUCUCUGCUCUGAAAAGGCACUACGAGCCAAGCUGGGUUAGAGUUAGAGGCCAACCCAAACGGUACUGCUGUGGAAAGUGGCAGUGAGGUGUAAGACUUUGUCCUGAUGAGUCUGCUUGAACUUUGCAUACAGCAUGACAAAACACAGCACUAUGAACCAUGUGCAUAUCGCAGAAUGAAUUCUCCAUCAAGUCCCCAUGAAUGUGUGCUCAGUGUCCGGUGACUGCAGAGAGGACGGAGGCUAUUGCAAUGACUUGAAAACUGCAGGCAUGUCUCAGUUGCUCUGUCCAGCGAGAAUGACGCUCUUUCAGAAAGGUGUUUUGUUUUUUUGUUUUUUUAAGUUCUCUAGUGCUGCUAGAAAAAGUGGAAGUUACACAAAAAACCCUUUAAAACACUUUCAUUUUGACACUGUCACAGAACCAAAGAGUUAAGAAAUCGGAUGUCUGGAACAAAGAAGGUACACGUUGUUUGUUCAUGAGCUGGCCUCAUAGCAGAUGUCACUGAAUGCAGUUUUCGCCUGCAAUAACCUGUAGAGAACUUUCCUUUGACUCGAUAGCACUGAUUCUCUCAGCUUUGUGCUUUUGCAGAAAAUGUUUGAGCUGGUCAGACUGAUAGAAACAUGCCUGCUUGCGUCAAGAGAGCCGAGCAGGGUAGUAUUAACGACAUCAAACUGACAGAAAUCAUUAAUUUAAACUGAGACUGGGGUAAUAUGAGAAUCUGAAUGUUCUUAAAAGUGCUGCUAUGAUGUUGCUUCUUUUUUUUUUGAUAAUGACUAUGACAAUGCCAAAGAGUAUUAUUAUUAUUAUUAUUAUUAU